CCCACUUCAAAAGAGCUUCGGAGUUUCUGGAAAAUUAAACACUGCAAGCGAACAUCCACUACUGCUCUCCGAUCUCCGACCACCGUAUAAAUAACUUCACAGAACCCCUUUUAAGCUGCAAAUUCUUAGUAACCAUUAAUUACAAGUGGAAAAAAAAUGGUGGAAUUUUCCAUGGCUAAUGCAGAAGCAUUUAUAGAUGAAGUGGAUGAAGAACCAGGUGAAGAGAUUGAAUCAGCACCACCCCUCAAUGUUGGUGAAGAAAGGGAAAUUAACUCUAAUGGACUUAAGAAGAAGCUUCUUAAACUUGGUCAUGGUUGGGAAACCCCUGAAUUUGGUGAUGAAGUCACUGUUCACUAUGAUGGUAUCCUACUUGAUGGAACCAAAUCUGUUUCCAACAGAGACAAAGGUGAACCUGUUACAUUCAAGCUUGGCCAAGAGAAAGUUGCUGCUGGCUUAGAUUGCGGAAUUGUCACGAUGAGGAAAGGUGAAACAGCACUGUUCACUUUGCCUUCAGAAACUGGUUUUGGAUCGACAGACUCUGAUGAAGUUUCAUGGAACUCUGUCAUUCAGUAUGAGGUCGAACUCAUAUCAUGGAUCAGAGUGGUGGAUAUUUGCAAGGAUGGUGGCAUCAUCAAGAAAAUUAUGGAGAAGGGGGAGCUGAUAGGACCUCCUGGUGACUUGGAUGAAGUUCUAGUGAGGUACGAGGUGAGGCUGCUUGAUGGUGUCACUGUUGCAAAAACACCUGAACAUGGAGUGGAGUUUUAUGUCAAAGACGGCCUUUUUUGUCAAGCAUUACCGAAAGCGAUCAAAACAAUGAGAAAGGGAGAGAAAGUGAAUUUAAUUGUUCAGCCUCAGUAUGCCUCUGUUGACGGGGGUGUGGACUCUGAAAAUGGCGUCCCUUCAAUUCCUCCGAGUUCUAUUCUGAGUAUUGAUCUUGAACUGGUUUCUUUCAAGCCGGUAAUAAAUGUGACUGGUGAUUUGGGAGUUUUAAAGAAGAUUCUAAAAGAGGGAGAAGGAGCUCUUACUGCAAAUGAAGGUGCUUCUGUAACUAUUAGAUAUACAGCUACGCUUGAAGACGGCACUUUGUUUGAGAAAAGAGGCUUUGAUGGAGAGGACGCGUUGAAGUUUAUAACUGAUGAAGAACAAGUCAUUACCGGACUGGACCAAGCUGUUACUACAAUGAAGAAGGGUGAACGUGCAAUAGUGACAGUUAAACCUGACUAUGGGUUUGGAAGUACUGAAGUGAAGCGGGAUCUUGCUAUGGUUCCUCCUUGCUCAACCAUAAUUUUCGAAGUUGAGAUGUUAGAAUUUGCAAAGGAAAAAGAUACUCGGGAAAUGAAUAAACAUGAGAGAAUUGAAGUGGCCCAAAGGAAGAAAGAUGAAGGCAAUCUACUCUUCAAAGACGGAAAGUAUCAAAGAGCAAUGAAGAAAUAUGAGAAGGCUGUUGAUUAUAUUAAUGAAGAUGAACCCUUUGAAGAUGAUGAUCAAAGGAUAGUUAAAUCAUUUAGAGUGUCAUGCUGGUUGAACAGUGCUGCUUGUUGUCUCAAACGGAAUGAGUUCCAGGAAGCAAUCAAGCACUGUUCCAAGGUCUUAGAAGUUGAGUCCUGCAAUGUGAAAGCAUUAUAUAGGAGAGCACAAGCUUUUAUGGAAACAGCUGACUUGCACUUGGCGGAAUUGGAUAUCAAGAAGGCACUAGAAAUAGAUCCAGAAAACAGGGAGGUGAAACUGAUUCAGAAGACACUAAAAAAACUCCAAGCAGAGAGCAACAAAAGAGAUGCAAAGCUCUAUACAACAAUGUUUGCACGCUUGUCAAAUGAGAACUCUUCGGCAGCAAAGAGACUAAAAGUCGAAGAAACGGAUAGCAAGAAUGAAGAAAAUGUUGGUGAAAUCAACAUGCGUUGAUAAUUGAUUAGAAGUUGAAUCUAGCUGAAGAGUUGUACAUUUUCUAAGACCAACAGAAAACAUGUAUAGACAAGGUAAUAGAGAAAGGUCUUCAACUUUAUUUUAUUUUAAAUGUAAAAUUGACACUUUGCGGUUGUAUAUUUCAUUAAGAUGUUGCAAGUUAGAAGUUUAUUUUUUAGUUGUCCCUAUAGAGUUUGAAGUAUCCUCUGCA